UAUUGUCAUCAAAGUUGAUCUCAUUUGGGAUUCUGGCAAAAUCAGAAUGGGGGAAUGCCAUCACAAGCUAGCACCAAGGCUACAACCAGGAUAAGAGAAGUAUUUUACAACUACAGCUUCUGCAAAAGCUUCCUUGAUGUUACUUUACAACUACAGCUCAGAGCAACAGCGGAAGAAGCUCCUUGUGAACUAACAGUUACUCCUUCCGGGCUUGCCUUCUUCGAAAAAACUGUGGGCUCUGGCCCUGAGGCUGUCAAGGGACAGCUCGUUAAGGCACAUCAUGUCGGGAAAUUGGAGAGUGGUAAGAUUUUCGAUAGCAGCCAUAAUCGUGGAAAGCCUCUCACGGGGGUAUGCUGUGCUUUUGAGGCAUGCCCGUAUAAACGCAAGUUGAAGCUCAGAAAAAUUUAUUAA